AUGAAGAGUGGGCCACAACGGAACAAGCCUGUCCGCUCAGUGUGUGACUGCAGAAAUGGAGCUGCCUGUGAUCACGUUGUUGGAACAUGCCAGUGCCUCCCUGGCUGGAUAGGACUGAAGUGUGACCAAGCUUGUCUGCCAGGCACAUAUGGGGAGAACUGUAACCAAGUAUGUCAGUGCUCUGGAAAGAAUGAAGAGUGCCAUCAUGUCACUGGCAAGUGUGGCUGCCUGCCAGGUUACUAUGGAAUCCGCUGUGACCUUCGAUGCCCCAAAGGAACAUAUGGCCAAUAUUGCCAGAAAGCAUGCCAGUGUCUGAAUGGUGGGCAUUGUGAUUCUGUGACAGGAGCCUGUGACUGUCCCCCUGGUUUCAUUGGAGAGGACUGUGGUAAAUCUUGCCCAGAGCAUCGCUAUGGGAAGGACUGUGCCUUAUUCUGCUUGUGUGGUAAAGGACGUUGUAACUCAGUGACUGGCAAGUGCUACUGUCCAUCUGGCCGAAUUGGACCCAACUGCCUUCAAUUGUGUCCCCAGGGAAGAUAUGGCCCCCACUGUCAGCUAAAAUGUUUGUGUAAGAAUAGUGGCAUCUGCGAUCCUGCAAAUGGGACUUGCACUUGUGGACUUGGCUGGACAGGACACUAUUGUGAGAAAGAAUGUGCUCUUGGAAAAUAUGGUUCUGAUUGUCAGCUAGAUUGCGCUUGUCAGAAUAAUGGAACCUGCAACCGGUUUACUGGCUGCUGUCAGUGCACAGAAGGUUAUUACGGACAUUCCUGUGAAUACACCUGCCCAUCUGGAUUUUAUGGUCUCAACUGCAGGUAUCCAUGCAGCUGUAAAAAUGGAGCUACGUGUCUCACAGCAACUGGGCAAUGUGUAUGUCCUCCAGGUUUCCAAGGGGUACUGUGUGAAAAAGGUUGUCCAGCUGGAAAGUUUGGAGACAGAUGCCAACACCAUUGUGAAUGUGAAGGAUCAGCUCAAUGUGAUCCAAUUACCGGAAAGUGCUUUUGCCCACCUGGCACAACUGGGGACUGGUGUGAUGUUGGUGGCCCUUCAAAACGUCCAUCUUAUGAAGAACAUACUCAGGAGAAAGGGAAUGCUUUUUCAGGAUUGCCACAACAGGACUAACAGGACUUGGACUAAUAAAUGAACUGUUUUAUAUGCACAGGCAGUAUUUAACUUUGGAAAUGAGAGGUGCUAUUCAUUUCAGCUUGAACUAGACUGAAAAAUUCACACUUCUUCAUGCAGGUCUACACUAAGUAG